AUGGACAAAAUCCUGAAAGAAAUAUGGGCGUCCGUGCUCUCUCUAGAGGUGGAGGAGAUUGGAGACGACGAUAAUCUAUUUGAAUUGGGUGGUGACUCGGUUAAAGCAAUUAUUAUUAUGGGCGAAGCUGCCGGUCACGGCAUUGACUUUGACAUUGAAACCUUCUAUGCCUAUCCAACCAUCGGAGGACUGGCGAAUUUCCUCUCCGGGGGUCAGAGCCCGGCACAGGAAAGUAGUGGCUUGCAAUAUCUUGCGUCCAAGGAACCUGUUAUUGAUGAAGCAGCCACACUGCAGAAAUUCUGCUGGGAAGAUGUGGGGAUAUCGGUCGCAAAUAUAAGCAAAGUAGCACCAGUUGAUUUCGGCCAAGGACAUUAUCUGGCAGAGAAUGAAAAAGGGAUUCCAGGGUCAUCGUUGGCUUUUGCAUAUGAGGUGCAAGGAGGACCAGAUGUUCCACAACGACUGCAACGAGCGAUUGAAGUCAUGUCGACCAUGAAUCCCGCACUCCGGUCCACCUUUAUCAAAAUAGAGGAAGAGGGAAAGGAGAAGGCUACCUACUAUCAGGUUCUAUUGAAGGCCCACCACCCAACCAUACACCGUGCAUCAUCCAAAGUGGAAGACUACGUGGCGCAAUCGCGACAAAGAACCAUUCACCCCGGUAGCCCAAUAGUACAGUACGCGUUGGUCGAAGACCAAGGAACUCUUUUCUUCAUAUUGUCGAUCUCCCAUGCAUUUUUCGACGGCUUUUCUCGAACACUCUGGGAACAAGACUGGUUGAACGCGCUCAAAGACCCAGAGACAUUCGCCAAUGAACAACCGGAACGGCCCUGGUUUGGAGAUUUUACGAUCCAUCGAAAAGAAACCCUCGAUGAAUCCGCCGCCGAGACCUUCUGGACGAUUUACCUGGGGGAUUCGUGUCUGGAGACCAUCCACCCAGGGAAACCAGAAAAGUUUCAUAUCCACGACUCCGUGCUGCAUACCGCGUUCCCCAAGACGCUCGUGAAAGGGCGCUCUUUCCACAUCGCAACCGCCAUCCUUCCCGCGUGGUCAUUGGCAUUGAUGAAAUUCUCGGGCAAACAGGACGUCACCUUCCUCUAUGCCACGCUAGGCCGCCUCUAUCCAUUCCCGGACAUCGACCAGAUCACCGGUUUCCUCCUGCGAAGUCGCCUGUUCCGCUUACAGAUGAACGAGGCCAAUGCCGACGUCCCAGUGGAUGUGCUGUUGGAAUCCGUUCAACAGGACUUGAUCUCCACGGGCCGUCAAGAGCAUGUUCAAAAAUUGCCCUACAUUGGCAGCACCACCAUGCCACAGUCCUAUGUCAACAUCAAGGCAGGCACAUCCAGUCUCAAAAAACAGCAGAUCGAUGAAGAUUUGGUGGUGAUUCCCCGUCGCGACUUGGAGUAUUGGGUCUUCUUCUGCAGAUUCGCCAUCUACCUCGAUAUAGCCGUGCGAGACGACGAUAUCUUGGUGGAAUUCAGAUACGAGUCUUCUCUCUUACCAUCGGAGAGUGCCCGGCAAAUUCUCGAUAGUUUUACUAAAAUUCUCAGGCGAAUCGUGGGCUCCUAUGACACCACCUUCAGCGCCUUAGUGGAGUAA